GUCCGCCAGCGCUUUGAUGAGAAGCUGAUUCGCGAGAAGAACGGCCAUCUGGCGCGCGAUGUCCUGGACCUGGCCAUCAGUCGGAAAAACGACCGGACCUGGGCCGAUUCUUUGGACUCUUCCGAGCGCUUCCGGCUGACUCCCAUGGAUUUCGGCCUGGACGUGCUAACAGCCGAGCAGCGGGAACGCCGUAUGAGGGAGGUGGAAGCAGAGGUCACCCAACUGGUUGGCUGGGGAUCUGAGGAGGACGCCGGCAGUGCGCGGCACUUCUUCGCCCAGCUUCGCCGCCAGCUGGGUGGCACCG